AGUUUAUUUUCCGUAUUACUAUCCGCAUAUUGAUAACACGUGAUCCGCAGCAAUGCUGGCUCUUUCUUAUCUUCUUGUUUCUCUCCUUCUCUCUCCUUGUUUUGGAGACUCUUCCACCAUCUCUGUCAUCAGAGACGCCCCAUGGAAGUUCAGGAUUGUGGAAGGCAAUCAACCAGAGGCUGCACUUGUCUCAACUUUUAAUAACACCGUUAAUGAAACUGGUUGGUCACUGCUGGAGAUACAUGGCCAUCCUGACCUCACUACUGAUGAAGAGAUGGCCUACAUGGCUGGAUAUGCUGAAGGUGUUCACACUGGAGAGCUAAUAUACAUGACAUAUACUAACACACUGGGCACUGUAUGCAAAGAGAAGUCAUCUCUGUGUGACAAACUGCAAGAGUUUCUCAACUCUAACAUAAAGUUUUUAAAAGAUAACAUUGCUAGCAAUCCAAAGUCGGACUAUUGGAAGCAAAUAAAUUUAUACUUGCGACAGCUAGAAGGACUGGAGAAAGGCUAUUAUUCUAGCAAGAAGAACCCCACUCUCCCUCCCAAUGCUUUCUUUUACUUGCAGUAUGAUUGCGACAUGGAGGAUUUGCAAGAAGCUUUCACCGGGUCGGACUCUCACAGGGUUUUAGGUGACGGAUCUUGCUCGGCUAUUAUCAAGGUCCUUCCAAAUAACGAGGACUUGUUCACAACCCACGACACAUGGUCUGAGUAUCAAACCAUGCUGAGAGUCUUCAAGUUGUAUGACCUGCCGUACAGGUUGAUCAAUGGAGGAAGGAUUCCCGGCAGUUCUAUCUCCUUCUCAUCAUACCCUGGGAAGUUACAGAGUGAAGAUGACUACUACAUCAUGAGCAGUCGACUCGUUACUAUGGAAACAACCAAUGGGAUUAUGAACAAAACUUUGUGGGAUUUCAUUUCCCCACAGUCUGUGCUAGAGCCAGUAAGAGUGAUGGUAUCUAACAGGUUGGCUAGCAGCGGGGAAGAAUGGUGUAAAACAUUCAAACCUUUUAAUAGUGGAACUUACAACAACCAGUGGAUGAUAGUAAAUUACAAUCACUUUACUCCUGGUCAGGCUCUACCAUCUAGCGACCUUCUGUGGGUUCUGGAGCAAAUACCUGGUACUAUCGUUUACGAUGAUCAAACUAAAGUCUUGCAAUCAACGUCUUACUGGGCCAGUUAUAAUGUUCCUUAUUAUACUGAGAUAUUUAAUUUGUCCGGAUAUCCCGGGGCCUUGAAACAAUAUGGUAACUUCUUCUCUCACGAUAAAACGGCCAGGGCACUUAUAUUUGCACGCAAUCAUUCUCAAGUGACGGAUAUGGACUCACUCCAUGCAUUAAUGAGGUAUAAUAAUUUCCAAUUUGACCCUCUCUCUGCUUGUAACUGCACUCCUCCUUAUUCUGGUGAAUAUGCCAUUUCAGCAAGAUCAGAUCUCAAUCCGGCUAAUGGCACCUAUCCAAUACCAGCUCUAAAGAGACGCUGUCAUGGUGGAACUGAUAAUAAGUUGACUAAUUCGGAGAUGGUGAAGAGUUUGAGUUGCCUGGCAACAUCAGGCCCCACCCACUCUCAACAACCUGUUUUUAAAUGGAGUACGUCAGGUUUUCAAGACACUCCACCUCUUGGCCAUCCUGAUGAAUUUGAUUUUGCACCUAUUGUCAUAAAAUGGGGCGAAAUUAACUGAUAACAAUAAUAAUAAUUAUUAUUGUUAUUAAUUAUUGCUGUCUAAUUAGACCAGUUUACAUGAUACCAGGUGUACAUGGCUUAUAAUUUUUGUAAAAAUGUCCUGCUAUUUGUCCUUAUUUUUGUACCAUUUUAUUUUGCUUUAUUUAUUAGGACUUUCAUAUUACUUUUCCCCAUACCUUUUCAUUUGUGAAACAUGAUCUUAGCAACUUUAGGAAUUUCAGUAAUGUCCAUUAUAGUUUUACUAUUCAAUGAAA